UGUCCUUCUUAAGUCUGAGCAACAACAGUAUUAGCGUUAUAGACCCUGCAGCGUUUGAUAACAUGCCAAACCUGAGGACUAUUGAAACGGAAUUCAACAAGAUUUCCAUGUGGAGCCCCAGCUGGUUCACCAACUCCCCCAACAUUGUAACCGUGUCUUUUGCUCACAACAAAAUUGCGUCCCUACCGGGAAACGCCUUCGCAAACCUUAAGGGCACCCAUGAGUUAGACGGUUAGCCGGUUGGCACCGCAAUCAAUCUUUCCAACAACAAAAUAUCCAUGAUUGACUCUCUGGCGUUCCAAGGGAUGGGACAGAUUGGUUAUUUGGAUCUCCA